GGUACCUCCCAUAGAAACCACAGCAAAUAAAGCUAGCCAAACUCAAACAACUUUCUUAUCUCUCUCUUUCACAACUUUUUUGCACCUUCCGAUCCAAUGGCAGUUCCAGUGAUUGAUUUUUCAAAGCUGAAUGGGGAAGAAAGAGCCAAAACUAUGGCACAGAUUGCUAAUGGAUGUGAAGAGUGGGGAUUUUUCCAGUUGAUCAACCAUGGCAUUCCAGAGGAACUCCUUGAGAGGGUUAAGAAGGUCUCCUCUGAGUUCUAUAAGCUGGAAAGAGAGGAGAAUUUCAAGAACUCGACGUCCGUGAAGCUACUGAGUGAUUUGGUUGAAAAGAAGAGCAGUGAAAAGCUGGAGCAUGCGGAUUGGGAGGAUGUUAUCACUCUCCUUGAUGAUAACGAAUGGCCAGAAAGGACACCAGGCUUCAGGGAAACCAUGGCGGAAUAUCGAUCCGAGUUAAAGAAAUUGGCAGUGAGGUUGAUGGAGGUGAUGGAUGAGAAUCUUGGCUUACCAAAAGGGUACAUCAAGAAGGCACUCAAUGGUGGAGAUGGAGACAAUGCCUUCUUUGGCACCAAGGUGAGCCACUACCCUCCAUGUCCUCAUCCAGAGUAUGUGAAAGGACUGCGAGCUCACACCGAUGCAGGAGGUGUCAUCCUUCUGUUCCAAGAUGACAAGGUUGGUGGCCUUCAGAUGCUCAAAGAUGGGCAAUGGAUUGAUGUGCAACCUUUGCCAAAUGCCAUUGUCAUCAACACUGGUGAUCAGAUUGAGGUCCUGAGCAAUGGUAGAUACAAGAGUUGCUGGCACAGGGUUCUGGCCACUCCAGAUGGCAACAGAAGGUCAAUUGCUUCCUUCUAUAACCCUUCACUCAAGGCCACCAUAUGUCCUGCUCCGCAACUCGUGGAGAAAGAAAACCAACAAGUGGAUGACACUUAUCCUAAGUUUGUUUUUGGUGACUACAUGUCUGUCUAUGCUGAGCAGAAGUUCCUCCCCAAGGAACCAAGGUUUCGAGCUGUUAGGGCCAUGUGAGAAAACCACUCACUUUCCGUAUAGAAAAUAUAUUUGCUCUUCCCCCCGCUUUUUUUUUUUCUACUUCAUCUUUUACUAUUUUUAUGGCUUUUGGUAUUAUAAGACAUGUUUGAUAGUAGCAAAGAAUGCCAUUUGGUUGUGAACUUGUGAUUCUCUUCAUAAAUUUCUCCAGAAUCGGGAACCACCAUGGUAUUUGUUUUCCUUUUUUUAGAAUAUUGUUUUAUCUUUCAAUGUCAUGGGGGGAGCUAGUGUGCAUCAAUCUAUGCUUGAUUUGUACAAUAGUUUCAUUACAUAAAUUCCACUCUAAAGUUGUCCACCAUAAACUUCUCUUUA